UUUUUUUUUUUUUUUUUUACAUUUCUGCAUAGAAGCGUAAUUUUGUUUGAAACUCCAAAAUAAGCACGUUCGGCUUUGUCGUGACAUGUCAUAAAUGCAGGUGUUGCAUUGAUUUCUUUCCAGAAAACGAUUUUUUUCUUUUCCAUUAGUAUUUCUCGUUGAUAAAAAAUUAUGAAGUCCAAACUGAGGAUAUAAUUAGUGAAAUAAUUAUUUCAAACAGUAAACAAUUUAAAUUCAAAUAUUUUCAAUGAAAAAAAAUUCAUAACUUCGAUAGCUUGUUUUUUAAAUCUUUUAAAGAAUAGGUUUUUCUGUUUAAAAUGUAGCAUUAUAGUAUUCGUUUCGUAAAAAUUAAUUGUAUAUUCCUAAACAAUUUUACAUUUGAAUUAAACGCAUGAACCUGUUUUUUCGUGCUUAACUUGAAUCAAAAUAAAAUUAUAAAUUACAAUACAUAAAUGUUUAUUAGGUGGUAAAUCAAUUAACAUGUGGAAUUUUAAAUUCCACCCAAUAUUACAACAUCAGAAAAUGCUAUAAAAAAUCACAGAUACAUACCCACACCGAGGUUUUGUGUUUCUUAUUUUCUCAUUAAUGCUUAAUAAUGAUAUGUUCCAUUUUAUACGGACGAUAUUUCAUUGUAACUAUAGACCCUUGAUAUGAGCCGAAUUAAAAGUCAAACCACCGUUAGUUCAAGUAGAGUAGUUUUGUAUGGGACUUCCCAAGUCUGAACCACGGAGCAAUAGACGCAAAAUUAUACACUACAGUACAAACCGUAUUGUGAAAGUGACCAGGGAUGCAGGGAAAUUAAAAACGGGCUCUAUAGCAUCUGGAUUUUGCAGGUGUCUAAAAGAAUUUUAAAAUAAACCUUAGCAUCAAACACUGCGGCAAGGCCGUUAGGUGCUCGUGGUAAUACAUUCUGGAACACGAACUAUUUGCUGUUGCGGAUGGGUAGACCUAUUCCCCGUCGUGUGUAAACUGCUCCAUAAUUAAAGAUGGCUAAACAAUAUUCUCAGUGACUUUUAGGCACACUUUUUCAUUUGGAGUAAGAGUUGUAUCUCCCCAAUAAGUUCGAUGGAUGGUCCUUGACUCUUGUUUCACUUCAUUGGUGACCGAUUCGCUUUCUGUAUGAGUAAUCACAUGCACUGUAAGACGACUAGAUCACUUUGUCCGAAGUCCAGAGCCAAUUCAAGACACCACACUUUGGAUUCUCCGUCCGUGCACGGCCGUCCCAGUUGGAAUGACCAGUCAUGGAAACCGCGGGAAAUAAUAUUCUAGCCCAUGGAGCUCUUCCCUUUUAUCAGAACGGCCUGACUACUUCUGUCUCCAGUAUCCUCUCCUCUAGCCCCGGGACACAGGACAGCAUCUCUCGGACCACCGCUAUUGGGGCCCAGAACGGAUGGCCUCCCUACUCAACUGACAGCUCAAUCCCCCCUCACAAUUCGUGUUCCAUGUCGUCCUACGGCAAUCUACAGCUGGGGCCCUCGUUCUCCGCCAUGAACGGGAAAUCCCCUUAUAACACUUUUGCUAGUGCGGGAGCGGAUUAUUUAAACUGCCGACAAAUGCAGCUAAAUCAUAUGAACCUUAAUGCUAUGCCAGCCAUGCGGAAUUACCCUCCUCUCUAUUCCGAUAUGUACCCCUCCGCACAUUCAGCGGGGUACACAAAUGGCAGCUUUUACCCUGAUAUCCCCCCUGGGUUGCCCACACUUCCCGGCCGAGACAUAGACUGUCGGAGCGCCACUUCAGAAUCAUCCAACCAAGAGUCCAAAGGCAGGAAGAAGAGGAAACCAUAUACACGGUAUCAAACCAUGGUGUUGGAAAACGAGUUUCUGAACAGUUCAUAUAUCACUCGUCAAAAACGAUGGGAAAUUUCAUGUAAACUUCAGUUAUCAGAACGUCAGGUCAAAGUGUGGUUUCAGAAUCGUCGAAUGAAACGAAAGAAGCUGAAUGAACGUGCGAAAGCGAGGCUAAGAGACGGGGAUGACAGCAAAGACCACUUGCUUCAGCAGGCACACCACGCAGGCGCAGUGCAAGCGUGAUAUGUGUUCAUCACUAGUCGGACAAUAACAUUUGACAAAGUGCUGAUGCAUACAUAGUGGUCCAAAUUAUACAAAUGUGCGACCGAAUUUCGUGCAGAUGGUGAUUCAGAAGUUGAGGACCGACCUUCGGUAGCUGCCUAGACACGUCCUUGACACAGACGAUAUCAAUCGCUACCAAAGCAGGGAAAUGCUCACUGUGUGUUUAUUAUUUCAGUAGAGAGUGCGUACAAGAACAUUUUACAUGUGUAAAUAUCGUUCCGUGUGUCACGUGACCCAGUCGUAUGCUAGAACAUUUUUUUUAUCAUUGAAGUGGAGUAUUAUACAUUUAUACAUCUUUUUUCUUUUGUGUAAAUUGUAGAAAAUUUCCAAUGCAGUAGUCCGUAAUGCAAAAUGCCAUCCAUAGAUAUAGAAAAAAUAUCUACAUACUUUGUUUGAAUUACGUUUUCUUUUCUAUAGAUUUCACAUUGUCAUUGAUAUUAGAUAACUCUGUGUUUGCAGAAUUAUUAGAUAAUAUAAUCUUAUAAACAGUUAAAGACGUAGAUUUAAAUGUCAUAUAGGUUAGAAUUUUUGGGCAAAAGAGAAACUCCCCUUCUUAAAAAAAGUGAAUUCUUAGGAAUGUCAGGACAACAUGCUACACCCAGUUAUCAUUUGUUUUAACUUGAAAACACCGAUGUUGAUUUCUAAAAACAGCGCGUAACAGUUACUUUACAAGAACCAUGAUCGUGUUUUAAGUGAAAUUUGUGGUCCAAAUAAGAGCUUGCCGCAGGGAGUUCUGCCAUCAGAAUGUUAAGGAUCAUACAUUUUUCUUCUAUUUACAGUUAAGCGUAUUGAUGUGAAAGAAGAGAAACAGAUUAGGAAAUUCAUUCUAUUUUCCGUUUACAAUUUUAACAAAGGCAUGUCUAAAAUAAAGAGUUCACACAGUAUUUUCCUAGAAUGUCAAUUUUGGGCUCGCGUGUUUUUCAUUCAAUCAUUUUUAUUUGUUUUAAUUUAUAAUUGAUGAUUGCUUGUAUAUUCCAAACCAAACCCAGCCCCCUCUACAUUGUUGUAGAGGGGUGGGUCUUUUUUGUUGUUAUGUCAGUCUAAGAUAUAAAUUUUUACAAACGAAUGCAUAUAUACUUCAUUGUCCCAGUACGAAGAGUGCCCAUCACUCUCCUUAUUUAGGGGAGACUCUCAAUGGGUAGUCUUCAACCAAAUGUUAUAUGGAAAAAAUAAAUGAAAUAUAAUUUA